AUUUCAAUGUAAAAGUCAUUUGUUCAAUCAUCAAUCCAUCAAUUCCGAAUUAAUUUUUCGUGAUUUGCGAUUCGCAAGUAAAUGGAUGUGAGAAAAUUGCACUUUUAUCUCAUGAAUAAACCUAAAUCUCUAUUAUAAACGUUCUAAUUUACAUCGUGUUAAGUUACAAAGCGUAGCCAUGGCUGGUAAUCUAUGGAUAUCCGCUCCCAAAUCACAAGAAGACAUUGAUGAAGCAGAGAAUUUAAAAAAUGAAGCCAAUGAAUAUUUUAAAAAACAAAACUACGACCGCGCAAUUGAAUUUUAUUCCAAAGCUAUCGAGAAGAACCCCAGGAACGCUGUGUAUUAUGCAAAUAGGAGUAUUGCUAAUUUAAGACUGGAAAAUUUCGGCUAUGCACUGAGCGAUGCAUCACUGGCUAUUGGUCUGGACAAAUCGUACACUAAGGCGUACUACAGACGAGCGGCGUCCUAUAUGUCAUUAGGGAAGUACAAGUUAGCGCUCAAGGAUUUUGAAUAUGUUACCAAAGUGAGGCCAAAUGAUCAAGAUGCAAAAAUGAAAUACAAUGAAUGCAAUAAGAUAGUGAAAAAAAUUGCCUUUGAAAAAGCAAUCUCGGUUGACAAGAAGGAAGUAAAUAUAGCAGAUACUAUCAAUCUGGAUGCUAUGUCAAUUGAAGAUGAAUACGAAGGCCCGAGCCUCGUUGAUGGUAAAGUCACCCUCAAAUUCGUCACCCAUCUGAUGGACUACUAUAAAGAACAGAAGAAGCUAGACAAAAAAUAUGCAUACCAGAUUUUAAUAGAUGUGAAAGCAUAUCUACAGAAGCAGCCUUCUCUUGUAGACAUAAAGGUGCCGGAUGACCAGAAGUUCACAGUAUGCGGCGACAUACACGGCCAGUUCUACGACCUCAUGAACAUCUUUGACCUCAACGGAUUGCCUUCUGAGAAAAACCCUUACCUGUUCAACGGAGACUUUGUGGAUCGUGGCUCGUUCAGUGUUGAAUGCAUUUUCACACUGUUCAGUUUCAAGCUUCUUUAUCCGGAUCACUUUUUCAUGUCUCGAGGCAACCACGAGACCCUGGACAUGAACCGCAUGUACGGCUUCCGGGGCGAGGUGACGUCAAAGUACACGUCAAAAAUGGCCGACCUGUUCACCGAGGUGUACAACUGGCUGCCGCUCGCGCACUGCAUCAACAACCGCGUGCUGGUCAUGCACGGCGGACUGUUCUCGUCCGAUGACGUCACGCUCGAUGACAUACGCGCCGUCGAUCGAAAUAAACAACCGCCCGAGGAUGGUAUAAUGUGCGAACUGCUGUGGUCAGACCCUCAGUUCAUGGCGGGCAGGGCGCCGUCGAAGCGCGGCGUGGGCUGCCAGUUCGGGCCCGACGUCACCGCCAACUUCCUGCAGAAGAACGGCCUGGACUACAUCAUACGCAGCCACGAGGUCAAGAACGAGGGCUACGAGAUAGCCCACGACGGGAAGUGUAUCACUGUCUUCUCCGCACCCAAUUAUUGUGACACAAUGGGCAACCUGGGCGCUUUCAUCACAAUGAACGGAAAAGAUCUCAAACCAAACUUCAGGUGCUACGGAGCUGUGACACACCCGGACGUCAAACCCAUGGCCUACGCGAAUUCGUUCCUGAGCAUGCUGUGUCAAUGAUAUGAGCCCAACUUGCCGGCCAGCCCCGACUCGGAGCUCUUCUACGAGUAACUCCGACUCUGCCGGCAAAAUAACCCAAAAACACCCUGACUUGACUACUAAAUGACCCCGGUUUUGACGAUGUAACAACAACUGGAAAAAAUAUUGAAACAUUAGUAAGUGUUUUUCAUAAUACUGAAAUUGAAAAACGUUGCAAGUAGACUCCGCGCCACCAAACAAGUCCCGUAGGCGCGGCGGUAAUGUCAUUUGGUGAUGGUAGUCUUAUUGUCAUUUGUGUAAGGCGCUGCCAAUUUUAGUUUAGUUUUCAGCUGCGGGACUUCUUUCGUGGCGCGGAGUAUUAUGCCCGACGAAAUCACUAUAAUUUUUUUUUUACCGAAAUCAAAAAACUAGAAUUUUCUAAGUCGUCGUAAGUAAGUCGAUUUUUUUUAAAAAUCUUUUUUUUAGUUUCACCCGCGUCGUUGCCAAUCCCGCAGGGAUUAGGGGAUACAAUUUACAUAACACUCACAAAUAACGUGACUUUCCAAGGGUAAUAGAAUUUUCAAAAUUGCUUCAGUUCAUCCGGAUAUUAUCCUUUAAAACUUCACAAACUCACAAAUUAAUAAGAAUUUGUAAUAUUCCAAAAGGGGUUGUAUUGACUCUGGCCCCUUAGUAUUAACGCUUAAAUAAGAUCCCAUAUUUUUUUUUUAAUUUAGGGUUUUUUUUAAUGUGGCGUAUACUAAGUUGUCAGUUUCAGCUUUUUUUCAUUUCAAUAUUACAAAUGUUAUAGUGAUUUAUGAAGGAUGCAACUUUUCGGCUGUAAAGGCUAAGUUACACGAGGAGAUUUUCUGGAAAGUAAGCUGUAAAAAUUGUUUUGAUAUGAUCUUAACCCAAACACAUACAAUUUUAAUAAUCGAUUUUAAUAAGGUAUUCCCUUAUUACUUAAAUAACCUCUGGUCUGUAGUGGUCUAUAGAAAAUUAUAAUGUCUAUACUUUGACUAAAUUUACCAACAAAUCUAGAUGGGGACUAUAAAAAAAGUGUUAAAGAACACAAAAAAGACAUUUUUUUAACUUGUUGUCUGUCUGUCUACUUAUACUACAUUUCUGGUUCUGCUCAAUGGAUUACCAUGCAACAUGCAUGCAAAUUCAAAAAGUAUAAUAACCGUCCACCGUCUAACCCUGUACCUAGGGUCGUCAAUACUACUAUUUUUUAUACUAUUUUUAUAAUAUAUAGUACUAGCGGACGCCCGCGACUUCGUCCGCGUAAAAAUUUAUGUAAACUUCUCUACCUCUACCUUACCCUGCUCGUAAGCCUACCCAACCUCACCCUACCCUACCCUACCCCUACCUUACUCCUACCCUACCGCUAACGCUAACCCUUCCCUCCCCCCACCUUACCCUACCCUAACCCUACCCGUAACCUAUCCUACCCCACCCCUAAUCUACCCCUACCCUACCCCUACCUUACUCCUACCCUACCGCUAACCCUAACCCUUCCCUACCCCUAUCUUAUCCCUACCCUAACCCUACCCUACCCGUACCCUACCCCUACCCUACUCUACCCCUAUCCUACUCCUCCCAUACCCUAUACGUUCCAUAUCCUUCCCCUACCUCUAUCUUGCCCCUACCCUACACUACCCCUACCUUAUCCGUACCCUACACUACCCUACCCUACACUUUCCCUAAAUUACCCCUACCCUACCUCUAUCCUACCCCUUCCCUACCUCUAUCCUAUCCCUACCCUCAGCAAAAUUGGUCCAGCCUUUUGUGCGUGGUGCAAUGACCAAAAGACUAUAAUUUCCCAAGCGACUUCUAUGCUAAUACUAUAAAGAGAUAAAGUUUGUGUGGUUGUCGGGGGUAAUCUCUGGAUCUACUGGACCGAUUUGGAAAAUUCUUUUACCAAUAGAAAGCUACAUUAUUUGCGAGUGUCAUAGGCUAUGUUUGGUCCUCAUAUUCACACGGGAACGGGAACCACGUAAUUGAAACCGCGGGACGUCAUAUAGCGGCAUUUCUGCGACUUUCACAAAUUUUGUAUUAUCUCCGAAACUAUAUAACUAAUUAACAUACUGUAAACAGCAAAUCUUAUCUCUAUAAUAUCCUUGUGAUUAUUAAAUCAUUUAUUUUGAUAAGGAUUUAAGUUUAGUUGUGUUAAUAAUGACGUAAACCUUAGUUUAAAAUUUAAAUAAUUUAUUAAAGUACUAAAGGUACUAUAUCUGCUAAAAUAUAAAAGAUAAUAGAUAUAUGGUGUCGCGGACUUUUUUGUAGAACUUUUAAAGGUUCAAAAAGCCUCCAUACAUUUAUUUCAGUUAUACGCAAUGGUUGAGGCAGCGCAUGCGAAUAAGUAAGUUUUUCGGUCUGACCUGUAAGAGAAAACCCGCGAUAUCUCAGUAGUUAUAUAUGAUAGAAAUAUAAAAUAUGGCCUAUAGCACUCCCUGAUAACGUAGCAUUCUACUGGUGAAAGAAUUUUUAAAAUCGGUCCAGUAGUUCCGAAGAUUACCCCAUUUCAAAAAAUUGUUACAAACUUACAAACUUACAAACUUACAAACUUACAAACUUUACCUCUUUAUAAUAUUAGUAUAGAUAUUGUACUAUACUAUAUAUUAUAGUACGGUUCUACUAUUCGGGUCGGCGUACUAUAUACUGUGGAAUAAAUAUAUAGUACGCAAAAAUACUAUAAUUUUUCUAAAAAAAUGUUGGCAACCCUACCUGUAAAGUAUGCAGCGACCGUUACUCUCCUUGUGUAACUUGGCCUUAAAACCGCGCAUCGCCAAAACCCGUGGCCCCACUUUAACUUCACCCAGACUAACUGUUGAAUUGUAUGUCGCGAUUUUUUUAUUUUAUAGUAACCUACCAAAGAUUUUAUACUAUAGCUAUGUACUACUAACUAGCGCAUCGAAACUGAGGCGGACAUAAGUGGCUAAUUGUCUUAAUGUCAUUCAGUCGAAUUGUAAACAACGAUAAUUAUUUAAACAAACAAUACCUACGGCCUGCGGCGCAGUGGGUGACCCUGCUUUCUGCAUCCACGGCCGUGGGUUCGAUCCCCACAACUGGAAAAUAUUUAUGUGAUGAGCAUGGGUGUUUUCCAGUGUCUGUGUGUAUUUAUACAUUAUAAAUUAAUAUAAGUAUUUAUAUGUAUAAAUACACAGAUGUGUAUUGUUUAAGUAUAUUUAUUUAUAAAAAAAAAAAUGUCGACUUGUGUGUUCAGGAAGUGUAAAAACUAUAUACUCGUGUACAUAAAUAUAUAAUGUAAAAACACAAAAUUGUGCAUGUGUGCGUUCAGUGGAAUAGCUAAUUCUUUAGUGGUGAUUUUUUAGGCAAGUAACAUAUCUAUAUAGUAGAAAAUCUUUGAACACUACAACUUCAGUUGCUACUUACACUUCUUGUACUAGAAUAGUAUAGUAUAGGUCUAUAGCUUGUGAAGUUCGUCAAUGACACUCCCAUGAUAUGCGGGAAGGACUGAGCGGGUAUGAAAUCGUGCGCGCGGGGCAUCGCAGCCUUCCUCCCGGCCCGCGCGGACCAUCGGAAGUGUUACCUAUGAACGAAUUUGCCAAGUACAAGGCAUACAUUCCUCCUAUUACUUAAUACUCGUGAUAUCUUUCAGUUAGUCUGGGUUACUUUAAUACCGGAUUUGAUAAUUGAUUCUUGUAAAUGAAAAAAAAAAUAUUUGUUUUACAAUUAUUAUCUGGUGAACAUUUUCAAAAUUUCGUAUUAUUUUCCAUCAAUUCAAAGGUAUUUUAUCAAAUUAAAAAAAAAAACAUAUCAAAAUAAUAAUUCGUUUAAUACAUUUCUGAUGAAAUAUUUCCAAGAUGCAAUCAUCUAUUAUUGUUAAAUUUUCCAAAAAUUAAAAUUUUCAUGAAAUGCUUACUCAGAAUGUACGUUGAUUACUGAAUUUUUAAAAUUUUUGAAAUGGGGAUGAUGACUAGGUUUGAAUAUAUUGAUUUUUAUAAUACAUUCGGGUAAAUAAAGUCAAUGUUAACUAAUUUAUACAUAAAAAGCAAAGAUUGACUGGAUAUUUAUAAAUAAAAUAAAUAAGAUUAUAAAAUUUUAAAAUCUACUAAAAAUAUUUUAUCGUAAUUAGAUGAAAAUUCAUACAUUUUUAGCUUCCUUACAUUAAAUGUGACAUUUUUUAAUAUUUGAACUAUAAACAUAAACGCAGAUAUUAGUAAUUUUGUUUAAACGCCCAUACAAAUCUAACGGUCAUUAAUUGCCUAUAACGUCAUAAGUUCGUACCAUUUUGUAUGGGGCGUUUUACAGGGAUCCGCGGCAGCGCCGCAAAUCUGACCCUUUAAAUCCCUGUAGCUCCGAAAGUAAUGAUCGCAGAUACCCUGUUACUUUUACAAAAUUGCUUUACUAUUAGCGUACUCUUAAUUUAUAUACAAUUUAAAACACUGUCAUCAUCCCUAUUAUCAAAACUUGUGAAAAUCUUACAAUCGAUUCUGCAGUUUUUAACAUUCUAUUUUCAAAAACAACCUCCUGCAUGGACUGUUUAUGAUAUAUAAAAAUUGUUUGGGUUUAUUUACAAUUACAAUUAUAUAUUUUACGUUAUUAAAAAAUUUAAUUAUUUUUAAUAAUUUUAAAUAAUAAAAAUUAGUGUAAUAUUUCCGGUAAUACAAAAACAUUUUUAUUGAUUUUAAUUCCAAAUGCUAAAAUAAGUUUAUUAAUAAAUACUUUGGUUUUUUCUUUAUAUUAUUACUUAUUAUAUAAAAAAAAUGUGUUUACUAAAAAUUGGCAAAAAUAAGUAAUGUAAAAAAUGAAAUAAUAGCUAAUCUAUUAAAAUAUCCUUUUUUAUACUGUACAUGAAAGCAUUUUUACUCUGUAUUUAUGAUCUAGUGAUGCCAUUUCUUAGUUUUAUAAUGUUUGUGUUGCAAUAAAGUGUUGAAAUUUUUUUUUUAUACAUUUUAUUAUUAUGUACUGAAGCUCUUGUAUAUUUAUUGUUUUCUUCAUGUGCCACUAAAUCUUAUACUUGGUACUUUUUUCAUAAUCAUACAUUGUGAAAAAAUAUUAUAAAAAAUAAACGUGACAUAAAUAAAUACAAUGAUACAUUUAUUAUCAUCACAAAAAAUUUUUUCAUGAUAUUUAAAUUUAUUUCAAAUUAGUAUAUAAAAACAAUUCAUAAAUGAAAUACAUGCUACUAAUAUGAAGUAUAUGCAAGAUUAUUAGAUAAAUUGCGUGGUAUGAAAUCGAGAAUCAUUUUGCUCGUCCAUCGCGUGGUUUAAUCAAAUUUACCUUAAUUUUAGACAGUGACAAAUUAAUUGUCCAAAAUUCAGGCAUUCAAUUCUUAUUUAGAUUAUCACUAUUACUUUUAAAAAGAGUAUGUGACCAUGAUCAUGAUCAUGACCAUCUUAUAUAAUGUAGUAAAAAUAUUUUUUAAAAUGUAUAUGUCUACUUAAUCUACUAAAUAUAAUAUAAUGAGGUUCUAAAUUUCAGCCAAUCUGUAUUUCAUUGAAGGCAUAAUGUUUCUAAUGCAAUCUUAGUUACCAUUUCUUAUUAUGUUUUAUAUAAAUUGUUACACAAUUUAUGUUCCUGUCUUAAAUGUAAUCUAAGUUUUACGUCGUAAAACAAUGAUAUGAUGGAUUAGCUAUAUUGAACUGCCUUGGUAGUAUAAGGAAAAUACACAGAUGCUGUGUUGAAGGUACGAAUGAAUGAAUGAUUGAACAAAGUUGACACUGAAUGAUGGAAUAUGCUCGGAGUUAGGGUUAUUAGAAUACAUAUUUGCCGAUUAAUUUAUUAGUAUUUUCCAACCCAUUCAUUGCUGUCAUGUAAAAAUAAAGCGUUUUUUGCAAAAGCUACCCUAUUUUUUUGAUGCUUGUCAGUUGUCAUCGAUUUUAUGAAGUUACCAAUUUUGAAAAAUACUUUGUAUGCACGUCAAACCUAUAUUUUAAACAUUAAACUUUCGUUUUCAUAAUGAAUAUGAUUCUUAAAUCAGAGGUUUUGAAUUGUAAAAAAAUUGCUUUCUAAAGGAAGCUAUUAUAUUUAUAUGCAGACUUAUAUUAUUAUAGCUAUUUUUAUUAUAACUGUAUUCUAUGCAUUGAAUGGGUUAGUCUUUCAAUACAUAUAUAGUGCUCAAACUGUUAUGUUGUAAUGUUUAAAAACUUUACGGCGUAAACUCUGUACGUAUUCUAAACGUAAUCAUUACGAAUUUCAUUUGACAUUCGUAAACUUAGCUUUACAGUUAUAAUAAGAUGUAAAAUUACGCAUUAUAGGCGAUAUUGUAUAAGUCAAGAUGAUUGUCGCUUUAUGGUGCACGGUAGGUUUUAAUGUUUAUACUUCAUCGACUGUUUCUAAAAUAUACUUUGGCAACGAGGGCUUAUAACGGGGUAAAUAAAAUGUCGUAGUUUAAGGAAAGUAACCCCCCCCCCCCAUAUUUAUAUCAAACCAAAAGUUUCGAUUAAAUAAUAUUUUCUUUAUCUUCAUAAACUUACAUUUAUUCAAUGUUAGCAAAUAGGAAUAUAUGCAAGUAAGUCAGUGGUAAUAUAUAAAUUAUUAUUAAUAAAUGUGGUAACUUUGAUUCUAAUAAUUGAUGUUUAAUUUUAAUGGUUCAUUGAAAGCGUGGGUAAAAUUAAAUUUCUCUAUUGUGAUGAUGACCUUAAUGUAACUUUUCAACAAAUAUUUUAUCUAUGAUCUCAUUGCAUUCACCAAUGAUGAUACAUCACUCACCAUUGACCAUAAAGUAUAGACUAUACAAUUGAUUCUAAUAUUAACAAUUGCGUAUAGUGUAUAUUUUUUUUUUUGGCCUAAGCAUUCCGAUUUAUUAUAAAAUAUAUUUUUUAAAUCUGUAUUUAAAGUAGAUGCUGUAUUUUGUAUAUUAAAAUACAUGUGAUACACAAAAUCAGUUCUAUUAUUAAAAUGUGAACCAAUCCGGUUUGAGGAAUUUAUGAAUUGAUUAGUUGUAAUAAUUUCUAAAAUGUAUCUAUCAUUUUCAUUACACUUGAAAAGAUCCAUUUAUCAAUAACUAUAUUUGCUUUGAAACGAUUAAUCUAUGAAUACUCAGUGCACAAAACAAUAGCGAAAUUUAAUUUAACACCUAGAGGCUAAAAUCAAUGGACAUUCUGCCCAGUACCUUUAUUUUGGUGUGAAGCUCUAUAAAUAAAAAAAAACAAUAAAUAGGUGAACACCAAAAAUUUUUGUCGCCACAAGAAUAUGCAAGAAUUACAGAUAAAACAAGCAGUUGCCAAGCAUAGUGUAGUUGCACCAAAAUAAAGUUGCCAAAAAUAAUGCUCAAAAGCAUUUAUAUUUAAACUAUUCUAGAUGAUAAUAAGUGUUUAUUUUAAAAGUACACAAAUUUCGUGAUUAGAUUGACUUUGACUUUACCAACCGACGAAAGUCCUUGGCUACACAAAUCAUUUUCCCGAAUAAAGGUGAAUUGCUUAUUACCUUAUACCUUAUUUUUUCCUACGUCCUACAUUAAGGUUAAUAUGAAUUUUAUAGGUACCCCAGUAUUUUGUAAUUCAAUUCUAAACCCUGUUUGUUUUUGCAUUGGUAUCGUAAACCUAUAUAAAUUAUUUUCAAAGUUGAUAUGAAGUUAUCUGUACUGAUAUCUUAUAAAUUUAAUAUCACGUGUCUCAAAACGGUGAAGGCAAAAUCGUAAUCGAAUCGUGAGGAAACUUGCAUGCCUGAGAAUUUUCUUAAUUCUCUGCGUGUGUGAAGUCUGCCAAUCCGCAUUGGGCCAGCGUUUUGGACUAUUUGGCCUCUCAUUCUGAGAGGAGACUCGAGCUCAGCAGUCAGUCAGUUCGUACGAAUAUGGGUUGAUAAUGACUGACUGACUGCCACGCGAGGUUUACACUUCGAUUCCUCGGCAAAAUCAAUAUGACACGCAAAGCUGUUAAUAUUUUAAGUGCGAGGUGAAUUCAAUCUAAUCACGACAUAGUAUAGUAUUCUCCAUAAUAAGCUGUAUAAUCGGGAAUUCAAUAGCGGCUAAGGAACAGGACUGAAUCGCGUCUACAGUAAGAUUAAACCGAACAAAUUGUAUCGUAUCGAGUAUUGAGUUGCCGAGCAUAUCAGAUGUAGAUAGGAUUUGGUGUUGACUUAAAAGUAAAUAAAAUUGUUAAAUUUUGUAAA